CUGCUGUUCUUUAUCUUUUUGGUGGAAUGAAAAUGUCAUUUCCUAAUGAUCGAGGGCCCUGGGAUACAUCCAAUGGUCCCGAUUUCCCUCCUGGAUACCCACCCCCUGAUAUAAAUGGAUACCCCGGUCUUUGGGAUCCACACCAUUGUCUCGCUGGUCAGAACCCCGCUCUGAGUGGAUAUCCUGAUAUUUUGACUGCCUUCAACUCGGAUUUAGUUUGGCAAAGACAACAAUGUGGAAGUCUGGUCCCAAAUCGUCUAAGUAGAAACGGUUCAUCAAACGGAUCGCAAACUCAGAAGAAAACAAGAAGAAGAGUGGCCACGAUCGCCCAGAGAAGAGCAGCCAACAUCAGAGAGAGGAGGCGUAUGUUUAAUCUAAACGAAGCUUUCGAUAAAUUAAGGAGAAAGGUCCCCACUUUUGCAUACGAAAAGCGACUUUCCCGUAUAGAAACUCUUCGAUUGGCAAUUACCUACAUCAGUUUCAUGUCUGAAUUGCUUCAUGGGCAUCCGUCAGAGAAGGGAUCAGAUAUUUACUCUCCGAGAGAAUAUAUUCCCUACGGAAUAAUCAAUUAGAUUUUCAUCGUUUUCAGACCUCUUAAAUUUUCUGUGAUAUUAUUUUCAAAUAUUAGCGUUGGAAAUAUUGGCAUCCUCGGUUGAACUGAUAUAUCAUUUUAAAGAUUUUCCAAAGUACUUAUUACUAGAUUUUAUGUGGCAAAGUGUUAAUUCGAUGUACUCCAAUAUGUUUCGCGGCAAUGAUAGGUCAAAAUUGGUAAACACCACAAUAUUGAAAUAAUAUCGAUGCCACUAUUCAUGUUUCUAGAUACUAGCUACAGAAAAUAUUGUUUUGGCAGAUUAGCAUAGCAGUUAGGAUUUGAACGAAAAAAAAUCAAACUUCUCCAUUUUUUUAAGAAACUGGAAAUUGUCAAAUUAACAAUUAUAACAUUAAAACUCUAAAUUGGGACAAGCGUCUGUAGACAGCUAUCUCUUCACAUUACACUUGUCACUCGGCAUGAUAGAUGUUAACAACUGGCCAGAUAGCCUUAGUUGCUGAUGCCAUUUAAUCGAAAAGUAGAAGAAGAAAUUUUUCCUGUUACCUAACCUAACCAAAGCUAUAUUCAUAAUGCAUUUCAAUACGUGAUAUGUUUUCCAAGUUGAAGUUGCACUAGUUGAAUCAUAUUCGGUUAGGUUGAGUUACAGAUUAUUUUUUGUCCAAUUAACAAUCAUAUACUAAAAAAAUAUGCAUUGAAUUAACGUACUGACAUCUACUGUGCUGAAUACAAAGUGUUCAUGCGAGGAAUUUGCUAUCACAGACGCUGAUCAUAUUUUUCUGACCCUUCUACGCUUUUUUACAUACGAACAUAAUAUGCUAAUUGUUAGAAUUACGUGAUAUUUGUACUUGUAGACUUUAUAAAUUACCAAAUCUAGUCAUAAUCUGGUUCUUCAAUGCUUGAAAGAGAAAGAAGAAUUUCUUUAAACAAUGACUUGAGUUUUAGACAAAGGAGACUAGUAAAAUCAUUCUUCUAUUAAAAAUGGUCAACAGUAUUUUUAACCUUGGAGAAAAUUCAAAAAUAUCUAAGUAGACUAAUUUAUUCUAGAAAAUAUACUUCUUUCUUGGUCAGGCAUUUAUUAAUUAUAAGCUCAAAACGAUGAACUUCCGAAAUAUGUCUUCCAAUUAGUUUUUUAGUGAAUGAAAGACUUGAAAGUA